AUUCGUUGAAUUUUGUUCGAAAGCUCGUCGGGUUUUGAAUGAAUCAAAGCUCUAGCUGCGUCGGCUGUAGCCUCUGCAGGUUCAUUGUUAUGCAGAGGCGCCACUGAGAUACUCAAGUUGGAAACCAGUUCGUGAUGAUCAUGGCCACGUAAAUCGAGAUUUUAGGGGAAAUCCUUUAUAACUUCACUGUUAUCAAGAUUUUGGAUUAGACAUCUCUAAGCAGCAAACAUCUCUGAGAACAACAUCACAAAUAUAUAAGGAAGACAUUCAUGUUUAGGACUGUGAAUAGACAUCUUUGUCAGAGAUCAUCGAUUAGACCACUAUACCAAUACCAAACCUAUUUCGAUCGACAAAGCGAAGAUGGGCAAUAAACCCAGCAAUGAUUUAAAACCAGAGGCUCUCAACGAUCUCCGGAAACAAACCUACUUUACAGAAGAAGAGCUUCAACAAUGGUAUGCCGAUUUCAAGAAAGCCAGCUCAAAGGAUUACCUCACAAAAGCAGACUUCAAGAAGUUAUAUUCCCAGUACUUCCCUUCGGGUGAUGCCACGAAGUUUACCGAACACGUAUAUCGUACGUUCGACAGUAAUCGGGACGGCUCGAUAUCAUUCCGAGAGUUUAUGUGUGGGAUGAGUGUACUCGCUCGUGGUACGGUUGAGCAGAAAUUGAGCUGGAUCUUCAGUAUGUACGAUAUCAACAAGGAUGGAUAUAUCUCAAGACCAGAGAUGUUGGAAAUACUUCAGUCACUGUAUAGAAUGGUAGGUGAGAUGUCAGAGGAUACACGUUAUGAUGAAGCGACACCAGAGAACAAGCUCGAGACUAUUUUUAGGAAUGUGGAUCGAGAUGGUGAUGAUAGACUCUCACUUCGUGAAUUCCUUGAUGCAGCUUCUCAUGACCCUGGAAUCAUGUCCAUGCUGCAGUAAUUAAUUUGUCUAGGAAUGUAAUAUUAAGUUGGUAUCUUAUUUUUUCCCUUGCCAAGUUGUUUACAGUUGGGAUGAUCUUGGACCCCUACGAAAAAACAGACAGUGCUGAUUUCUUCGAUUUUAUCCAUGAUAUGGUGUAGGUUGAACAUUUUUUUCCUUUACGCUGAUAAAAUAUUCAAAUCAUUGAUUUUUUUUUUUGGGGGGGGCUGCUUUGUUGAAUUAUGUUGUUGUCUUGUUUAUAUUUUAGGUAAGCAUUUCUUGAUGUUCAGAAGAAUUGAGCUCUUGAAUUUAGAGGUGUAGUGUUAAAGGAAAAUAUAAUUUCUGUUAGAAUAUGAUUGUAAUAUACACUUAAAAUAACUUAAAAUUGGGUAAACCUUAAGGUUUACCCAAUUUUGGGUAAAAUGGGAAUAUUCAUGUUGGUUGGAUACUAAUGAAAGAUAUAUUUCGUACAUUCUACGCAAUUUUGCGUUGAAAUAGCCUAAUAUGGGGUGAAAAUAUAUACCCAGCAAACAUGCAUGUUUCCUUUCUACCCAGUUUUCAGUGUUUUAGACUAGAGUGUACGUUUCGAAAGUGUAAAAUAUCGAUCUAUUUUAAUUAGGGUGUAAGCAUUACAGUAACUGCAUGUUAUUUUUGUAUUGUUAUAGUACUGUUAGACAUUCUGAGUUUGAACAGCGUAUUAGAGUCAUUUUGACGUACGACGAUUAAAAUAGCGAAAUCAACGUCAUGCCUCAGUGUAACACGACACAAACAUGUGACCAUUAAAGAUUUAACAUCACUGAUCUGUUCCAUGACAUAUGCUCCGGCGACCAUUGCUCCGCUCUAAAUUCCACACACUAAUCGAAUGACCUAUUUACUUUAGCUCUGGGUUUAACACUAUACCUUAUCCUAAACCUAUAACAUAAAACCCUAGUUGCAUCCCCAACCCUACAUCUUAGAUGAAAUUAAGCCCGGAGCAUUUGUCACAGAUGGAAAUAUCGUGUCACCCACUGGUCUGAAGUACAUAGUUUUAUGGAGCGCCAACUCAAUUACAAAGUGCAAAGUUAUUAUAUUGUAGUUAUGCGAUAAAAACUGUCCAAAGA